CAUUUUUUAUAUGGCCUGUCUUAAAUAAGCAUAUCUUUGUCCUAUGUACAGUAUAGUGUUUAUUCCCAUGCAAUGAAAGUCAUGAUUCCAAUCCCCUGUCACAGACACACAUUCCCCCUUACAUGUUUUCUAUGUGCAUCUUAUUAAUUGUGCAGUUUUAUUGUAAUAUGGCCUUAUUCCAAAGACAAUUUGUGGGAUCCUUCAAAGACUUCUAUUCUUGUACCGGGUCUAAGGUCUGUGGGGAUGGAGCGCGAGAAAACUUAAUUUUACACAUGCAAAGUCAACUAUGGAGCUUCAAUAGAGAACUUUACCUUUGGGAGUGUGCACCAUUAUGAAGUCAUGAGUGAUGUUAUAGAUACUUCUUUGCUUUCCUUUUAUUGCAUUGAUUCUUCGAUCCUGUCUGUAUUUCCAGCAAGGCACUGGAGGGGUUUUAUAGGUUCAAUUCAAUGUGAAGCAAAAAAGUUGCUAAGAUCAUUGUCUUCAAAAGGGAGGCUGGCACACACAGAUAAUAUCUUUCUUCAAGAUGUUUUAAAGCCUGCCUUUAUUCUGGACAAGUGCACUAAGCAGUGAGCUGUAAAUUACAGUAUUCACUCUUGGUCACAGCUCUUUCAAAUUAGAUUGCAGACUGAUAGCUUUGAGACCCCAUUCUGCCAUGUUUCACUUGUAAAAAUUUUGUAAUUUCCUGGGGUUUUUUUGUGUCGUGACCAAAGUGUGCUUUCCUAAUUCCAUUUACCUGUCUGGAGAUGCUGAAGGAGCUGUGUGAGAGUCUGACACUGUCUAGCUCCUCCCUGAUGUCCUUUACUAAGCAGCAGUGAUUGAGUGAACGGCAAGGUGAUAGCUAAAUGAAUGAAGACAUGCCCUUUGCUUCCAGAAACUUCCGUAAUUAACUUUGGCACUGACAUCUGCAAAGUAAAAUGAAAAACAGGGAUGGGUCUGUGUGUACCUCACGUAUGAAAAACUCUGGGAUUGGUUUGAAAUUGAUUUAUGCCAUAUGAAGGUCAAGACAAAAUAAUUACUAGAAGCUCUUAUGUAGGUCCAAAUGCAUUUCUGAUUUCUUGACAUACAGAAUCGAUUAUUAUAAUGUAGAAGAAGCGAUCUACAGUAUUGAUUACAGAGUAUAAGAACAUAAAUACAUCUAAAAUAUGUUGCAAUUGUGUGACAGUUUAUCUCACAAGGAAAUGACAUCACAUGUUGAGUGUAUGGUCACCGUCCCUCCAUAUUAAACAUCAAAGACAACACUGGACAAAAGCAGUGGAGUUCGUGAGCUAGCAUGCCGAUAGACUUCCCCCGUUCCCCACGCCUGUCCCUAAUCUGCAUGCAGACAACUCCAUUGUGGAUAUUUGGAUGUCCUCACCAUAGCAACAGAGCUGCAAAACCGUGCUGUACAACCUCUCAUCACACACAGUCGUGCCUAGGCAUCGCACGGCACGCGGCAGCCAGACGAAAGGGAGAUAAUAAGAGGAAAAGGAGAGCUGGGAAGAGGACACCGCUGCCUUGCACCUAAUUCUCUGUGGGAAUUCUCCUCAUUAGGACCAUGACAGCUCAGUUACAACGGCUCCGAAGUGCCAAGGGUCAUGUUCACAGCCGCCGGUCGAGCAGUCAUUCCUGCGCUCAGCUGAGAGACAAAUGGAGGGAUGCAACAAUUUCACUCUUUGCUCACCGUGACAGAGCCUCUCUAUGCUGAAUCCUUUUGUGUCAGACCACCAGGCUUCGAUCAAACGUGGGUUAAUUGCGAGAGAGCGGCUGGAAGAGCACCCCUCCUCUUCCACACUGCCAGUCUGUCCGUGCCUCUGAUUUUCCACUCAUUCUGCCUCUCUGGUCUCUGUUUACCUCUGUCUGCUGAUUUCUCCACCCCUUUCUCUCAGUCUCUCAUUAUUUUGCACUCCCUCCCACAGCUCGCUAUCUCUCCUCCCCUUGUGCCUUCAUAGCCAGCAGUCUGCUCAUCACUCCAGGGCUGCUUGCUAUAUGAUCUCUUGGAAAACAACGUUCGCGUCUUGCUCAAGCCACUCCAUGUGCAAGCCUUAAGAUUUCUUGCCCAGGAAGGCAGGAUGUUUCUGCGCUGGCACUGAUUCCUCUAUUUCUCUUCUCAAUUUCCCUUUCCCCUCCCCUUUCCUAGUCUCCUGCCCUCUGACCCUCAUCCCUUUACCCCUGACCCCAUUCCCUCUCUUUGCCCCGUCUUUCUUGACCAUGUUGCCAUGUGUCUGCCGGCUCCAGCCUGUCCUUGCUUUGUUCUUCUUCACUUUGUUCACUCAAGGGGAAAACUGUCCAACAACCUGCCUUUGCCCAGACCCUCACACUGUGGACUGUAGCGGGCGCGGACUUACCCGUCUCCCAGACGAGAUCCCCUUAGAUGUGCGGAGGCUGCUGUUGGCGGACAACUGGAUCCCACGGAUUCCUUCAGAUUUCCUCGUGCUCUACAGUGACCUGGUCUACCUGGACCUCCGCAACAACUCGCUUUCACACAUCGAGCCGGGCACACUUAGCACUUCCUCCAGGCUGGUUUUCCUGGACCUCGGUUGCAACAACCUGACCGAGAUCCCCAAAGGGACUUUUGGGGAGUCACGGAGCUUAAUUAAGUUGCGCUUAGGGAACAACCCAUAUUUGAGCAUGGUCAACGAAGAUGCUUUCAUAGGUCUUACCUCCUUGCGUGAACUAGAACUAGAACGCAAUGCCCUGUCUGGGCUACAGGUGGGUGCCCUGAGCCAACUGCCCUCCCUCAGGGUAGUAAGGUUAGAGGGCAACCCUUGGGUGUGCAACUGCAACUUUGCGAAUCUGUUCACCUGGCUGGUGGAAAACAGUCACAAGCUGCCCAAAGGUAUAGAGGGUAUGGAGUGCUCUUUGCCCACUGAUGGACGGCGUGUGCCUCUCAGCCAGCUCUCCCAGGACAGUUUUCGGGAGUGCCAGAUCACCCUCACCCUCACCGAUUUCUUCAUCAUCAUUUUCUCGGGCAUCUCCGUCUCAGUGGCUGCCAUCAUGGCCAGCUUCUUCCUGGCGUCCACCGUCCACUGUUUUCAGCGCUGGAGCAAGGGCACUAAAGGAGACGAAGAGGAGAGCGAAGAAUGAGGAGGGAGGUUAGAGCUGAAUGACCUUCAGUAUGAUUCAGAGCUGCCAGCUCCUGACAAGAGCUCAAACAAACAGCACGACUGAACAGACACCAGGUAGAACUUGGCAGAAAUUACCUGGUCACUAACAAAGUGACCAGUAUGGACACAGUACCCUCAAAAUCAAAGGAUAUUUGGUCUGAAAGCAAGCCUUAGUACGCAGACUUCCAGGGAUUAAGUUGUUUGAAGAAAUUCUUUGAGAUCUUGUCCUGCAGUAGAGAUUUCAGUGUCGUUGAAUCCCCGUGUCUGUAGAGUUUCCCUUCAUGUAGUCGUUAUAAAGUUAGCAAAAUAUAACUGUGCUACUUCUUGAUUGUGCCAAAUCAACACAGGUCGACAGCAAUGGUUCAGAUAAGCACUGAUAAUCAAUGAUGAGGAAUAAUCGCUAUAUAAGUCACGCAAGGUGAAGCAGAUGUUGCAACUUUAUACAGCCAAGAAUAUGUGAUAUGGGAUAAGGAUAGGAAACAAUAACUUGAAGAGCUUAGAGGGAUUUCAGAAAGCAUUACCUGAAACUGAAAGUUUAGACUAGAGCUUAAUGUGAAUAGUUGUGUCAAAUACCGCACUUUAAAAUGGCCCUCAAACUACCAGGUACACUGGUUCAUCCCAGAUCUGCCAAAGAACGCUUUGACUGAGGGACUGAGGUUUUGGGUUUAAAAUAUAGAUUUAUUUUUCUUUAAAGAAAGCUUAUGAUCUUAGCAAGAUUACAUUUAUUUAGCGUAAUUAUGGUACUACUUACAUAUAAUGAUACAUAAUAUCCUUAAUGUGACUAAAGACAAUAUCUAUGAGAUGGAGAUAAGUACAUGCUACAAAUGUCAUUGUAUUAUUUAGGUAUUCAUGUCUUAAAAGAUUAUAUUUGAAAAAAGCAUACAAACGGCCCAGAAAUGUAUUUGAGCAUUAAAGUCAGACUUAUAUGUUGUAACAAAAUAUCUGAACCAAGCAAAGCACAACAUGUCACAAAUAGAUGCCUGUUUGGUUUAAAAAAAAAUAAUAAUUAUAUGAUAUAAUAAAAAAAAAAUUAAAUUCAGUCAAGUAAUUAAAUUAAAUGAUGUUUAUAAAAAUCGGAAAAAUGACCUUGAGACCAUAUGGUAAAAAGCAACACAAAAGUCUCAAAAAUGUGAAAUUUGUACUAAAAAAGGUUCCACAAUCUUUGUUUGCUGAUGUCACUUUUUUUUCUAACAAAAUGACGUUCACAUGUUUUUAAGGGUGUCUUAAGUGUCUAUGUGUUUUUUUUGUUUUUUUGAGGCCACUGUACAUUCACCUGUCUUCAGAUUGCUGUGUUGACUAAUAAUAAUCCAGUGUAUAACUAAUUGCAUACAUUUCUGUUCAUUAUGUCAAUUCCGUCAAUUCCAAAAACAAUUAUUUUGUCAGUAGACUCUGUGGGGGAAUCUGUUUUCGAAUGUCUGAAAAAGAGAUUUGAUUGUUUGUGUUUUCCUUUACGAAUAGUUCUGUCAGUCUUGCUUCUUUCAUGUCCUUAUUUUAAAGGGCUUCAUCUGUUUUUGGAAUUAGGAUCAUGUAUUUUGCACAAGUUCAAGAAUAACAUUCAUUAAUAUCCUAAUGUCUAUCGCCAUCCUCUGUUCCACUGUUGCUGUCCAUAGACAGAUGCUCUGGAUGUACUAUUUCGAGAAUAUAGCUCUUUUUCCCAGACAGGUAUCACAACAUCAUUUUUGCAGUGGAUGAAUAAUUAAUUGGAUCUGUGCAAUGAAGCACACAGUGUGCUAGCCUUCAGAAAUAUUGGGGAUGGAAAAAGAAAUGAUUGUGAUUCAAAGACCGUCUUAUUUUAAACUAAUUCUAUUCUGCUCACACAACCUCAGAAAUCAUAUUGUGUUGGAUGUAGGAAGCACAGAUCCAUAUAAAUGUAAUGUAAAUGUUCUGGUGUCAGGACACAUAUGCACAAUCUUUCAAAGCUAGACUGUAGCAUGGUAUCAUCAGCAGAAAUCAAACCUGCAGCUAUAAUAUUGUUAUAUUGAAUGAUUUCAUUUUUUAUUUAUUUUUUUCCAUAUAUAUACCAUACUCAACUAACCAGAAAAAAAAGACAAAAUGUCUAUGAAUAUGUACAUGCAAACAAAAUGAGGUAUUAUUGUUAAAAAUUAAAAUUAUAAACAAAUGCUGUAGACACUUACUAUGCCAUGACAAUAGAGCUGUUUAAUCAUGACAUCAAUUUGUAGGCAGAACUCGGCAUGGUUUCCUGUUGGAAUUUCGAAUGGGUUAUUUGAAUAACAAAAGUAAUAAUAAGGAUGAGAGUAAAUUAUAUGAAUUAGACAUUUAUGUUUGUUCUAAAACAUACAUUAUACACAGUCAAACCUCAAAUGCGAAAUUUGCAAAAAAAAAAAAAAAGAAAAAAAAAAGAAAGAUGUGUUUUAAAACAUACCGUAAGCUGCAAAGUUGCUAUAAGGAGAAUCAGUUAUAAAUGAAGUAUCUUAUUUGAACUUAUUUAAAUUUUUAAAUCAUAAAUCUAAAACUGCUAACGUAUUUGAAAUUCCUGAGGGAACUCAUGAACUGUUACAGAACAAUAGCUGAUUUUACAUGGAUUUGGUGUGAGAUUUUGCAGAAUAAUGGCAUUUGCAAUGACAAAAUGCAUCAGACUUCUAUAAUCGGUACUUUCCUUCAUUGUCUACAAUAACAAGUAAAAGAUAGCGGGUUCAUUGCUGUACUGUCUGUUUCUGAGUUCUGUAUGUGUUGUUUGAAAAAGAACCCAGAGCUCCCAGAGUCAACUGUCACACUGAGCAAUGUAGUAAAGAUUUGUGUUGCAUCAUAACAUGGAGUAUAUUUGUUCUCCGUCUUAACUGAAAACCACAUAUACCUAGAAAACCAACUACUAUGUAGUUUCAGUACAAAGAAUGAAGGGAAAACAUUUAAAUGAGGGAUUUUCUUGCAUGACCCAGUGGCGAAAUCAUCAAGUACUUUGUUUUUUCUUCUCCAUAUGGCAGUGCACUGUUGAUGAAAUACAAUAUCAUAUUAAACAGUAAGCUAUU